AUGGCCGACAACAGCUCCCCGGAUUACAAAAGUCUUUUUCUGCAGGCAGAGCAGAGGCGGAAGCAAGCAGAAGAUGAAGGAAGACGAGAGAAAGAGAGACGGGAGCAAGCUGAAGAUGAAGGAAGACGAGAGAAAGAGAGACGGGAGCAAGCUGAAGAGCGCAACCGACGGACAACUUUCAUGGAACUCAUGCGCCAUUGCCACAACUUUCUUUCCCGACCGGUGAGAGUUGAAACACCAUCAAGAUCGACCACAGGGAAAAUACCCCUUCCCACCGGAAAAUACUGCCCGACUCGAUUGGAACCUUGGACUGACUGCCCAACACAACUGUCAGAACUCUACAGGUCCGUUUACAGCUACCUUCAGUUGGAACCAGGGGAGGCGCCACGUCUGUUCCCAUCUCUGCUUGAGUUGGAAGGAUUAGGCCGACGACUUGUUCGCAAGCCACUCAGCAGCGAGCAAGAACUCGAGUUUUACGAGCGGUUUGCCGUGGAAGAGCAUGUCCACGAUAUAAUUACCGAGCUGUGCAAACUCCCCCCUGCUCGCGACGAGUUCGGCCUCGGCGAUGGAAUCCAGUUCAGCAAUCAUAUGAAUUCCUUGAACGAGAACGAAGCUAUUGAAGCGGAUGCAAGCCAACCGUCAAGCGUACACCGCCCCAGACCUGAUCAGUUCUGCAUCCAUCGUGUCGACGGCAACAUUACCACUCUCCUCACGACUGUCGAGUAUAAGCCGCCUCACAAGCUUUCUGUCGCAACCAUUCGUAUGGGGCUCCGACCAAUGGACUUAUGGAAGGAUAUGGUCAGAUCAAACAAAAUACCGACAAACCAAGAAGCGAAGUUAAGAUAUAAUGCAGAACGACUUGUCUGCUCCGCUAUUGUCCAGGAGUAUCACGUAAUGAUCCAGGAGGGACUCGAGUAUUCCUAUGUGACAAAUGGGAUUUCCCGGAUCCUCCUUCGUGUGCCACGUGACGAUCCUAACACGCUUUACUACUUUUUCUGUGAUCCUAACAGCGAAGUGAAUCCAGAAGUUGAAGACAGUUUUCAACUACUAAAGACUUCUGUUGCAAGGGUACUGUGUCUGUGUUUGAUGGCAUUCCGCUCACCUCCGCGUGGUCAGGAAUGGAGAAAUUCCGCACGACCAGAGCUUCCUCUUUGGAAGACCAAUUUUGAUCACACUCGUUCUCAGAUUCCUAAAGCAGAACUGCAGCAGACCCUUCUCCAGUCCGACAGUACCAACCCGGAGUAUCCGAGUCCGGAAUCCGGUUCUGCCUAUGAACCGACGUCAUCUCCUCCAGAUUCUCCAAUAGCAGCAGCUCGCCGAGUGCCUACAAGGUCUCAGGCCAGCUGUGCACCCGAGAGUGCACAGAAUCGCUCGCAGUCGCCAGACUCAUCAGGCUCCGAUUCGAGCCAAGCAACAGGGCGCAAACGGGGCUUCAGCCAAGUUACAUCCUCCCCAUCUGCCCAACGAGCGGCUCGUCAACGGGACACGGGGAAUAACCAAAGCAACCUGUCUCGAUAUCGCGAUGCGCAAUUUUGCACUCAGCGAUGUUUACUCGGACUGCAGUCUGGCGGUGUCCUAGACAACUGUUGCCCAAACGUGAUGCUCCAUCGUCGAAGCAAAGAUGAUCUCAAACAUCCGAUUACCUCAGAAGAUUUGGUGCAUUUACUAAAAGCACAAUUGGACGAAAACAUUGACCGAUGCACACCCCUUGGAGGUUGCGGGGCGUACGGUGCGCCGUUCAAACUUACUUGUGCUACAUAUGGCUAUACUGUCAUCGGAAAAGGAACCACAUCGGGACUGUGGAAAGAAGUCUCUCGCGAAGCGCAAGUAUACCAACUUCUGCGGAAGGCUCAAGGGUCUGCUGUGCCGGUAUUCCUGGGUACGAUCGACUUGGCGAAAAUUUACUUUCUUCAUGGGGCUGGAGAAAUUCGUCAUAUGCUCGUCAUGGCCUGGGGUGGCGAAAGCACAGCAACGAUGGAGCUGGCGCCGUGGCUUCGCCAGGAGAUUCACAGAUCGAAUAAGGAAAUCAAAGCCCUGGGUAUCGUCCACGAAGAUAUUCGGCGUGAUAAUAUCCUUUGGAAUGAAGAGCUUGGACGGGCAUUGAUCAUCGACUUUCACCGCUCUGCUUUGAAAUCUCAGCCAAUUUUACAGCAGCAGCGAACAGCAAAGAGACGGCUAUGUCGGGUAGAGCCAGGAGAUGUUAAACGUUUACGCGUUCUGUGA